AAGCCGCAGACCCCAACCUCAACCUCCUCACUGAGUCCCCAGAUUCCCCGUAUUUCUUCCUCCAGCAACGUCAUCAUGGCCGCUGCUAUCAAGGCUAUCAAUGCUAAGAUCCGCUCCAACAAGGUGCUGGACUAUGUCUGCUCAACUCACUUCUGGGGCCCUGUCUCCAACUUCGGUAUCCCCAUCGCGGCCGUGAUGGACACCCAGAAGGACCCCGAAAUUAUCUCCGGCCCCAUGACCGCUGCUCUGGUCGUCUACGCUGCCACUUUCAUGCGCUACUCCCUCGCCGUUACCCCCAAGAACUACCUCCUCUUCGCCUGCCAUCUGACCAACUUCGGUGCCCAGUCGACCCAGGCUUACCGCUACCUGUCAUACUGGAACUGGGGUGGUCGGGAAGCCCAGCUGGCCGAGAAGGCUAAGCAGGGUGCCGCGGCCGCGCAGGCAUAAAAAGUCCCCCGGAAUUGGGAUCUCCAUUGAACAUUGAAAGCUCGUAUCUUUUGUACCUCGUUUCGCAGCAUUGCACCUCUAUAUGCCUAUCACAUUCAUAUAUUUUGUGGCUCGGGGAUUGGUCUUGACGAUCCAUUGGGAAAGAGAAGGAUGAUAUAGAGGUAUGUAAAAUUUGCAUGAAAUGGGGGGAAUGACGGUGCGAGGGGGGAGACGGGGGAUGUUUUGGGCUAGAGUGAGUCCGGGAGGACAUAAUUUCCUGGCGAGCC